CCCCCUCGCCAUCUUUUUCUUCAGUCCCGAAUCACAUACUUUCUCUCUCUCUCUCCGUAGAAGAAGAAGACGAAGAAACGAAUUCUUCGAAUCCGACUCCGAAGCACUCGAAUCCGAUCCCCCAUGAAGUUCUUCUCCGACCUACGCUCGUGUUACCGCCCGGGCGCCGGCGCCGGCGACGACCCGGCCUCGACGCUGCAGGAGGAGGACGCGCGCGCCCCUCUCUCGCGGCGGCGUCGGUUCGGCCGCGCGGAGGCGCAGGUCGCCCGGCGGGAGGUCCAGGGCCGAAGCGAGCGGGCACUGGCGUCCGGCGCUGUCGGUCAUCUCGGAGGACAACGACGCCGCCGCCGUGGUCCGGGCGGCGGGAGCGACGAAGAGCAGAGAGCGCGGGGCGAACGCCGUCAAGAGGCCGCCGCCCUCGAAGGGCGGAUCGGCGGCGAAGAGAGCUCAGAGUUUCGGCGACAGAGAAGACUACCGGCCGAGCCCGUUAUCGAUGUUCGUGCCAGCGUUCUCGCCAACGCCUUUUAUGAUCUGAGACGAAGGCGGUGUUUGCACCACAUAUAUCUCCUCAGUUUCCCUUUUUCUUUAUGGGGUAAUUGUUCGCCCAGAAUUUGUAAAUUGGAGUGGUGAAUGGAUUAGAGCAGGAGCUGUAAAUGAUAGGUCUCUUUCAAAGUACUUCUUCAAUUUGAGACGUGGGCAUUGAUAAUGUUUGCAAGUUACUUCCAUUAUCUUUUUCUAAGGAGUGCAAGAAUGAGCUUAAUUAUGAGCAUUA